AUGGCCAUUCGUUUGCCCUCAAUAAUGCAUGCCAAGCAUAUCCUCUGCCGCUCACUUUUAAGCGGAAAAAGAGUGUCUGCUAACAUACCAAAAGGGUAUUUUGCGGUAUAUGUUGGAGAAGAGAAAAAGAAGAGAUUUGUGGUUCCUAUAUCUUACUUGCAUGAACCUGCUUUUCAGCAAUUGCUUAGCAAAGUUGAGGAAGAAUUUGGAUAUAAUCACCCAAUGGGUGGUCUCACUAUUCCUUGCAGAGAAGACAUCUUUUUCAGUGUCACUUCUCAAUUGGAAAUUUAGAACCAUAACAGCAAACAAGCAGGUUCAUCUGCCAGAAGCAUGCAAUAACAAAUGCAAAACCACUUAAACUAAGUGACAGUCCAUAGCAGAUCACAACAGCUUGAAAGCACGAGUAAUCAAUACC